GAAAUUUCUUCCACUAUAAAUUAAUUAUUUUUUUUUUAUUAAAAUUAAAAUUAUUUUUUCAAUAAGAUAUAGUUAAUAGUUUUUUUAUAAAUAUUUAUACCUUAUUUUAAACUUAAAAAUUAAUAAUUAUUAACAAACUCUCAUUUUAAAAACUUUUAAUUUUCUUUUUUUUUGUUCGUCUCUUUCAAACUGCUAACUUUAAAAAAACUAUCAAACUCAUACAUAUUCUAUAAAAAAUAAUUAUUUCAAAUUCAAAAAAAAAGUUUUUAUUAAAUUAAUAAUAUAAUAUAUAAAGUUUAAAAUGAAUAAUAUUUAUACAACAUCAAUUUCAAUUAAAAGACAAACUGGAGAUUUCAUUAUCAAGAAAGAACACUAUCAUAUGAAAGAAAUCAAAGAAAUCGUUCAUAUAAUUAGAGAUAUUUUCAAGAUUAGAGGCCAAGAAAGAAUUUCAAGAGAAUUAAAAGGAUUCCUCCACAAUUAUCCAAAUGGCUCAUAUGUUAAGUUCACCAUAAAGUUAGACCAUGACUUUAGUGUUAUUUCCAGCGGUGGUCUCUUAGGCUAUGUAAGCGAUCAUACUUAUGAUGCAUAUGACACUUUUGUAUUCUCAAAUGUCGAUUUCUACAUCCCAAAUAAACCAUUGAAAUCAAUCGAAGAAUUAAAAUCAAAAUGGAGUUCAAUUCAACAAAUUGUACCAUUACUCGAAUAUCAAAAAGAUCCAAAUUGUCUCACUAAAAAUAAAGAUUACUCCACCCAUAUAGAUUAUUCAUACCACCCAAAAUAUAUCCAACCUGUUUUCAGUCCAAAACAAGUUUCAACUCAACACGCCCAUCUCCAACAACAACAAAUGGAAAAGCAAGAAAAAUUAUUAUCAUCCUCACCAACUAAUAAGAGUUUAAAAACCAAAUCCUCAAAAGAAGCAAAUUUAGUUAACUCACCACCAAUUGCUGCUAGAGCUUUUUAAAUUUAAACUCCAAAAUCAACAAACAACAAUAAUCAAUUUAAUUUAUCAAAAUUAUUUUUUGAAUUUAAUAAUAUUAAUAUAAUUUAUUAAAUAUUUUAAAUUUUUAAAAAUUAAUAACACAAACAAAUAAUAUAUAAUUCCUUUCAAUUAAAAAUUUCUUAUUUAUAAAUCAAGAAGUUUUUUUUGUAAAUAAUAAUUUUAAACUUAUAAAAUAAAAUACAGAUUAAUACAAAAUAUAA